UCCAGCCUGGAGCGGUUCCACCGCUUGCUGUCCCGAUGCUGAGACUGCAGCACGCGCACAACACGAGCUUCAUCUAGCUGUGGGCAGCGGUCUGGGCCGGCGCCCGGGGGCCCGCGGCCGCCUUCGCCCGCGCCAAGCGAAUGGGUAGCGCUGCAGCCCGGCCUCUCGCACCCCGCCGGAGACCCGCGGCCGCCCCCGGCCCCCGGGCUUGAGGCCGUCAGGGCAGCACCCCCCCACCCAGGCGCGCGCCCCCCCCCCCCGCAACACCCCCCCGGGCCGAGCCGAGCCGAACGACGGGCACCAUGGACGAGAGCUUCCGGGACCGGACGGCCUUCAUCCGGGGCGCGAAGGACAUCGCCAAGGAGGUGAAGAAGCACGCGGCCAAGAAGGUGAGCAAGGGCAUGGACCGCGUGCAGGACGAGUACACCAAGCGCUCCUACUCGCGCUUCGAGGAGGAGGAGGACGACGAAGACUACGCGCCGCAGGACGGCUACUACCGGGGCGGCGAGGCGGCCAACGAGGAGGAAGGCGCCUCCAGCGAUGCCACCGAGGGCCACGACGAGGAGGACGAGAUCUACGAAGGCGAGUACCAGGGCAUCCCCCGCAACGAGUCGCUCAAGGGCGGCGAGCGCCUGGGCGGCGAGGCGGCGGCCGGCGGCGCCUUCGACGACGCCGAGGGCCAGCGGCGGAAGGACAAGGAGGAGCUGGCGCAGCAGUACGAGCUCAUCCUGCAGGAGUGCGGCCACGGCCGCUUCCAGUGGACCCUCUACUUCGUCCUGGGACUGGCCCUCAUGGCCGACGGCGUCGAGGUCUUCGUGGUGGGCUUCGUGCUGCCCAGCGCCGAGAAGGACAUGUGCCUCUCUGACUCCAACAAGGGCAUGCUGGGGCUCAUCGUGUACCUGGGCAUGAUGGUGGGCGCCUUCCUGUGGGGCGGGCUGGCCGACCGGCUGGGACGACGGCAGUGCCUCCUCAUCUCCCUCUCCGUCAACAGCGUCUUCGCCUUCUUCUCCUCCUUCGUCCAGGGCUACGGCACCUUCCUCUUCUGCAGGCUGCUCUCGGGCGUGGGCAUCGGCGGCUCCAUCCCCAUCGUCUUCUCCUACUUCUCCGAGUUCCUGGCGCAGGAGAAGCGCGGCGAGCACCUGAGCUGGCUCUGCAUGUUCUGGAUGAUCGGCGGCAUCUACGCCUCCGCCAUGGCCUGGGCCAUCAUCCCCCACUACGGCUGGAGCUUCCAGAUGGGCUCCGCGUACCAGUUCCACAGCUGGCGGGUGUUCGUGCUGGUCUGCGCCUUCCCCUCGGUCUUCGCCAUCGGGGCGCUCACCACCAUGCCCGAGAGCCCCCGCUUCUUCCUGGAGAACGGCAAGCACGACGAGGCCUGGAUGGUGCUCAAGCAGGUCCACGACACCAACAUGAGGGCCAAGGGCCACCCCGAGAGGGUCUUCUCGGUGACCCACAUCAAGACCAUCAAGCGGGAGGACGAGCUCAUCGAGAUCCAGGCGGACACGGGCACGUGGUACCGCCGCUGGCUGGUGCGGUUCCGCAGCCUGUCGCAGCAGGUCUGGAGCAACUUCCAGCAGUGCUUCGCGCCCGAGUACCGCCGCGUGACGCUCAUGAUGAUGGCCGUGUGGUUCACCAUGUCCUUCAGUUACUACGGGCUGACGGUUUGGUUCCCGGACAUGAUCAAGCACCUGCAGAGCAUCGAGUACGCCUCGCGCACCAAGUUCUUCAGGCACGAGACGGUGAAGCACUUCACCUUCAACUUCACCCUGGAGAACCAGAUCCACCAGAACGGCGAGUACUUCAACGACAAGUUCAUCGGCCUCAAGAUGAAGUCGGUGAUCUUCGAGGACUCGCUCUUCGAGGAGUGCUACUUCGAGGACAUCACCUCCAGCAACACCUUCUUCAAGAACUGCACCUUCAUCUCCACCGUCUUCUACAACACAGAUCUCUUCGAGUACAAGUUCAUCGAGAGCCGCGUGCUCAACAGCACCUUCCUGCACAACAAGGAGGGCUGCCAGCUCGACUUCAGCGACGACAACAACGCCUACAUGAUCUACUUCGUGAGCUUCCUGGGCACCCUGGCCGUGCUGCCGGGCAACAUCGUCUCGGCCCUCCUCAUGGACAAGAUCGGCCGCCUGCGCAUGCUGGCCGGCUCCAGCGUCAUGUCCUGCGUGAGCUGCUUCUUCCUCUCCUUCGGCAACAGCGAGUCGGCCAUGAUCGCCCUGCUCUGCCUCUUCGGCGGCGUCAGCAUCGCCUCCUGGAACGCCCUCGACGUGCUCACCGUGGAGCUCUACCCCUCCGACAAGCGGACGACGGCGUUCGGCUUCCUCAACGCCCUCUGCAAGCUGGCGGCCGUGCUGGGCAUCAGCAUCUUCACCUCCUUCGUGGGCGUCACCAAGGCGGUGCCCAUCCUCCUGGCCUCGGGCGCCCUGGCCCUCGGCAGCUCCCUCGCCCUCAAGCUGCCCGAGACGCGGGGCCAAGUGCUGCAGUGAGGGGCGGCGCGCGGGGCCCCCCCUCCCCUUCCCCCGGGGGGGGGAAUUAGUCUCGUUUAGACACUGUGAACCGUCUUCUUGGAGCAUUUGGGAUAUAUAUAUAUAUAUAUAUAUAUAUUUUCUUUUUCUUUGGUUUGCACUUCUCCCUCCCCCCCCCCCCGGCCGCCUUCCCUUUGCCCCCCUCCCUCCCCGUUUCUUUUCUCGGUGUCAUCGCGCGUGUGAGUAUCUGCUCGCUCGGUGGGGGGGACGCGGCGAGGAGGAGGAGGAGGAGGAGGAGGAGGAAGGGUGCCGACGGGGCGAGGCGGGCGCAGGGCCGCGGCUCGGCUUCCCCGGCGUCCGGGGGUGCACGGCGCUUCGGGGCGCGCGGCAGCUCGGGAUGCACGAGGCGUUGGGGUGCAGGGCGCCUUGGGGGGCACCUCGGGGGGCACAGCCCCUGGGGGUGGGCAACGCCGAGGUUUGCAUGGCACCUCGGGGUGCAUGACGCUUCGGGGCGCACGGCAUUUCGGGGCGCACGGCAUUUCGGGGUGCCAGCACCCCGGGGUGACGCCAGCGGCGGUUCCCCCAGCGCGUCCGCGGCGCGGCGGUGCAAAAACUCCCAGCGGUCCGGGCCGGGCAGGGCGGCCGCGGGCUGCAUCUCCAUAGCGCCCAAUUCGUUAAUCUAAUUAGGGCCCUGCGGUUAUUAAGCUGGGGGGGGGCAGGUGGCACGGCCGGAGCUCGCUCCCCUCCGGCUUCUCGCUCCCCGGGGCUGCACCCGGGAUGGGGGGGGCAGCGCUUGCCCGGUGGGUGGGAUUUGCACGGCCGGCCCGAGGGUGCAAACCCCCCCCCCGCCAAGGGUGCAAACCCCCUGCUGAGGGUGCAAAUCCCCCCACCAAGGGUGCAAAUCCCCCACAGAGGGUGCAAAUCCCCCCCCCGGGGCGCGGGGGGCUGGUGCACGGAGCAGGCGUACAGCUCCCGCGCCCCGACCCACCCGUUAUUUUUCUACUACUUUUUAAAGGUUUUUCUUUCCUAGGCUUUUCCAGUGGAUGCAAUAGCCGGAGCUGGCGCAGGCGGCGAGGGCGGGCGUGCGGCCGGGGGGGCCGUUUUCCCACAAUUUCCCCCCUCCGCUCGCCCAGAGCACAAACGCCCCCCCCAAAAAAAACCAGCAGCGGUUUGCAAAGCACAAAGAGGCGCCCGAAGGCAGCACCGCGGCUCAGGCCGGGAAAUUCGGGUCCGUGCACGAGCGCCGGGGAGCUGCCGGUGCCGCGGCCCCCCCAGCCGAGCGAGCAGCCGCCGGGCCGGCCGCGAGAGCGAGCGCGCGGCCUGCUUCAUCUCGUGUCCCCUCCCGCGUCCUCCUCCUCCUCCUCCUCCUCCUCCUCCUCCCUCCUCCGUCCUUCGGUGUAGCUGGUCUUUUUAAGAGAACAUGCGUAGUUCUGUCUGUAUGCAGCGUCGUGCCGUGGUGUAGUUUUUAGAUGUUUGUAAAGAAUUAAAAAAGAAAAAAAACACCAAAA